AUGUCAAACAGCAACACAACACAGGAGUCUCUGGAGAUAAUGAAGGAGUCUGAAAAAAAGGUGGUUGAGGAAUCCGUGAACAAAACCAAAUAUGUAUCCAGGUCACCAAGCAAGGAGGAGGCGGAGAAGGACGGAGGGGAGGAGGUCAGCGUGCGCCAGGAAUCUCAGAGGCGGACUUCAAGCCAUGGACAUGCCAGAAAAAGAGCCAAGUCUAAUUCAAAGCUUAAACUGGUCAGGAGUUUGGCUGUAUGUGAAGAAUCAUCGAGCCCCUUUGUAGAUGGGCUGCUGGAGUCCCAGGACAUCAUUCAGUUGCACAUUAGCUGCCCCUCUGACAAGGAAGAGGAAAAGUCCAUGAAAGAUGGGCCUGAGAAAGAAGAAAAAGACAAGAAUAAAGAGAAGGCACCGAGGAAAAUGCUGUCUCGAGAUUCCAGCCAGGAAUAUACAGACUCUACUGGAAUAGAUUUGCAUGAAUUUUUAGUAAAUACACUGAAAAAAAACCCACGGGAUAGAAUGAUGCUACUCAAGUUAGAACAGGAGAUUCUGGAAUUUAUUAGUGAUAACAACAAUCAGUUUAAGAAGUUCCCUCAGAUGACCUCGUACCAUAGGAUGCUGCUGCACCGGGUAGCUGCCUACUUUGGCAUGGACCAUAACGUUGACCAAACUGGGAAGGCGGUCAUUAUCAACAAGACCAGUAACACACGAAUCCCUGAGCAGAGGUUUUCUGAGCACAUCAAAGAUGAGAAGAAUGCAGAAUUCCCGCAGAGGUUUAUCCUAAAACGAGAUGAUACCAGCAUGGACCGAGAUGAUAAUCAGAUCAGACUCCCCUUGCAGGAUGGGAGAAGGAGCAAAUCUAUAGAAGAGCGAGAGGAAGAGUAUCAGCGAGUCAGGGAGCGGAUAUUUGCACGGGAGACUGGCCAGAAUGGAUAUCUCGCCGACAGCAGAAUCUCCAAAGAAGGCUUUUCUUCUAGUUCUCACAAACGGAGGCAGAUUUUUAGGGGCAACCGGGACAGUUUGAACCGGGCCUCGGGCAGUCGCCAGAGCAGCACAGAGAGCGAGAUAAAGUCGCUGGAGCCUCGACCGUGGAGCAGCACAGACUCAGACGGCUCCAUCCGCAGCCUGCGGCCACCUGUUACCAAAGCCAGCAGCUUCAGUGGCAUCUCCAUCCUGACACGGGGGGACAGCAUCGGGAGCAGCAAAGGCAGCGCUGCCAGCAGAACGUCCCGGACAGGUACCAACCCUGCCACACCUUUCUCUGUUCAAGGUUUGGUACUAGGUGCCCCUGAAGCAUGCAGCCAACCCCCUUCCUCACAGCCCAGCCGUGGCCUCUUGCCCUGCACAGCCCAGCAGCCUCAACUGCAGCCACCCCAGCAGCCACCACCACCACCCCAAGGACUUCCACCCGCAGCCCAGCAGCAGCCGGCCAUGAGUAACCACAUGAUAUCCCAGCCGGUCCCAGCGCUGCAGCCUGUUCAGUAUUCUCCAAGCUCCUGCCCCCAAGUCCUCUUGCCAGUCUCUCCACCCCAGCAGUACAACUUGGCCGACGAACUCAGCAACCCCUUUGGGCAGAUCAGCCUCAGCCGACAGGGCUCUACAGAAGCACCAGAUCCUUCCUCGGCUAUGUUCCAGUCAUCCCUCAUCUCCCAGCAUCCUCAACAGACAGGAUUCAUCAUGGCAACCCCUGGGCAGCCCAUUCCCACCUCCAACUACUCCGCCUCAGGGCACACGGCCCCCACACAGCAGGUGCUGCAGCCCCAGGGCUACGUUCAGCCUCCCCAGCAAAUUCAGGUUUCUUACUACCCUCCUGGGCAGUACCCGAACUCCAGCCAGCAAUACCGAUCUCUCAGUCACCCAGUGGCCUACAGCUCCCAGCGCACUCAGCAGCUCCCGCAGCAGUCCCAGCAGCCCGGUUUACAGCCAAUGAUGUCCAACCAGCAGCAAACAUACCAAGGUGUGAUGGGAGUGCAGCAGGCACAGCCUCCCGGGAUCCUCAACAGCCAGAGGAAUAGCAUGGGGGGCCAGAUGCAGAAUGUGAUGGGAGUGCAGCAGGCGCAGCCCCCUGGUCUUCUCAGCAGCCAGAGGAGCAGUAUGGGGAGCCAGAUGCAAGGCCUGAUGGUCCAGUACACUCCAUUGCCUUCAUACCAGGUUCCUGUGGCCAAUGAGUCCCAGAAUGUGGUCCAGCAGCCCUUCCAGCAGCCAGUGCUUGUACCAGCCAGUCAGUCUGUUCAGGGGGGGCUUCAGACUGGAGGGGUUCCCAUCUACUACAGCGUCAUCCCAACUGCCCAGCAGAACGGCACCAGCCCUUCGGUGGGGUUCCUUCAGCCGCCUGGCUCUGAACAGUAUCAGAUGCCACAGUCCCCAUCACCCUGCAGCCCGCCACAGAUGCAGCAGCAGUAUUCAGGGGUGUCUCCAUCAGGCCCUGGCGUGGUCGUGAUGCAGCUGAAUGUGCCCAAUGGCCCCCAGGCCCCCCAGAAUCCCCCCGUGGUGCAGUGGAGCCACUGUAAGUACUACAGCCUGGAGCAGCGGGGGCAGAAGCCAGGAGACCUGUACAACCCAGACACCAGUGCUCAG